AUGGAUUGUAAGCUAGAGGAAGAAGUACUCACGUUCUUGAAGCUUUGGAAGGUUCAAAGUUGGAGAAACUUGAGAGGAAAUGAUGUUGUGUGCUGCCAAGGUGCUAAAGGAAUGAAAGGAAGGAGGCUACCCUUUAUAUAUAGGAGUAAGGGUGCUGCCCAAAACACGUUCAUCUUUCAGUUCACUGUUUCUAUUCUGAUUGCAACUCUUGGGGAUGACAAUUGGAUGCAUUAA